AUGGAUGAAACAAACUGUAGUAAAAAACGAAAAGGAGGAGCUGAAAAAAUUCGAGACAAAAAGAAAAAAAUACUACUUUUAGAAGCAAAGGCUUCUAAAAGCAUUGAAUCAUUUUUCAAGUCUCAGAAUAGUGAAGUGACUGAUAGUUGCAUUAAUAACGUUAGUUUAGAGAAAGAAACUUUUAGUAUUGGAAAUAAAGAUAAUGCAAAUAUUGGCUUGAAUGUAAUUGAAUCUAUUGAUCAUCAAAAAAGUGUUAACAAUGAAGUUAUACCUAAAAGUAAUAAUUUUACUAAAGGCUUAGAUGUAUGGAGUCAUACUUAUAUUCGAAUUGAUGAACAUGAUAAAAGCACAGUACAUAAAAAUUGUGUAUCAGCUUUUUUUCACCAUUCAAAUAAAUUUGAUAUUGGUUCACUACUUUUCUGUGAAACUAAAAAAGAAAUAAAAAAAAACCGAAAAAUUGUUACAAGAGUGAUUGAAGCUGUUAAACUUAUAGGAAAACGUGGAUUGACAAAAUAUGAUUUUCAAAUGAAAGAUCACUUGGAAACCAUAAUAAAAAAGAGCCGUAAAGCCCACGAAAGUGGUAGUAAAGGAAGAGGAGGACUGGUUACAUUUAUUUCUAAAACCACAGUUGAUUAUGUUAUUGCUGCAAUAAGUCGUUUAAUAAAAAAAUCAAUUUGUGAUGAAGUUAAAAAUGCUAAAAUUUAUGCAGUUAUGCUGGAUACUACUCAAGAUAUUACAUCAUCGGAUCAAUGUGCAGUAGUCUUAAGAUAUGUCGAUGACAAUGGUAUUCACGAAAGCCUAAUUGCAGUUGUUAACUGUUCAGAUUCAACAGGUAAAGGCAUGCAUGAUUUAUUACAAAAUGUUUUACUUUUAAAUGAUUUGAAUGUAAAAAACUGUAUUGCCAAUACUACCGACGGUGCGGCUAAUAUGCAAGGGGAGUACAAUGGAUUCUCAGCAUGGCUUAAUGAAUCAUCCCCAAAUCAAGUUCAUGUUUGGUGUUACAGCCAUGUAUUAAAUCUAGUUUUGUCAGAUGCUUCCAAAUCACCAUUGGCUGCUGCAUCUCUUUUUAAUUUGUGUAAUAGUUUAGCGGUGUUUUUCAAAGAUUCACAUAAGCGUAUGAGAGUUUGGACAGAACGAUGCCAUAAUCUACAUCAACGCUUACAAAGUAUUGGUGAAACAAGGUGGUGGAGUAAAGAAGUUGCACUUGUUAAAAUAUUUGGAUCAACUGAAGGUCCAUGUAAGAGCAAUGCACUAAUUUUUAGUAUUACAGGUCCUUUAUCGAGAUACCUGCAAUCAAAAUCAAUGGAUUUAAUUACAGCUCAGAAUCUAGUUGAUGGAGCACUUGAACAUUUAAAAAAAGUUCAAAGAAAUAUGGAAUGGAUAAAAUUAUCUGCAGAGUCAUUUGUUAUUUGGGCUAAUACUGAGUUAGAUUUACAAUUCAAUGGUGAUAGUCCUAUAACUAAGUUUGAAAUAGAAGUUCAUAACAGAAUAUUAGAUAUAGUCGUUGAGAGUAUUAACAAAAGAUUUAUAAAACACAGAAAAUUGUAUAAUGAUUUAUCAUGUUUGUCACCAAGUUAUUUUUCGUAUAUAAUUCAAAAUGGUUUGCCUGAUCAAGCAUUGACUACUUUGUGUGAUAAGUUAAAGAGUUUGAAUUCAAAUAUAACUUACAACGGUCUAAAGGAUGAGUUAAUACAUUUUGCAAAAAAUUGGGACAAGUUAAAGAAAAGUCUUGCUGAAUCAUUUGCUACUUCAUACUCUUUGGAGCUAACACAAGAUGAAGAAGAUGACAUUGAAUCUAAAAUUAAUCAUGAAUCACAAAAUAUGACUUGCAAGAGUUGCAAAAACUGUGUAGUUUGUUGCUAUAACAUUUUACAAAAAUAUAAUUUAUAUUGUGAUGCAUAUGCUAAUUUAUUUUUGGCAUACAAAUAUGUACUUACACUACCAUCAACCCAAGUAUCAUGUGAAAGAUCUUUUUCUUUCUUAAAGAAUAUUAAAUCAAGACUUCGUAAUCAGCUUUCGGAUCCAAAACUAGAAGCAUUCAUGUUAAUGGCCAUCGAAAAACAGAAAUUAACACUAUUGGAUUCAGAUAAAAUAAUAGAAGAAUUACAAAAAGAGAGUUGA